CGGCGCGGAGAAGCUCGGAGCUACGGGGGUUCAGAGCAGAGAGGCUGAGGCGGCUAGAGGGAGGGGAGCAGGCAGGCGGGCGCAUGGGGCGCCCCGGCCCCGCCGGCAGCGCGCCCCCUCCAACCCGGCCGAGUUGAAUGAACGCAGCCCGCGCAACGCCUCGAACCCACACCCGAGGCCAUGCCGGUCAUGAAGGGGUUGUUGGCCCCGCAAAACACCUUUCUGGACACCAUCGCCACCCGCUUUGACGGCACGCACAGCAACUUCCUUCUGGCCAACGCACAGGGCCCACGGGGUUUUCCCAUUGUCUACUGCUCUGACGGCUUCUGUGAGCUCACAGGCUACGGCCGCACAGAGGUCAUGCAGAAAACCUGCAGCUGCCGGUUCCUCUAUGGCCCAGAGACCAAUGAGCCAGCCCUGCAACGGCUGCAGAAAGCCCUGGAGGGUCACCAGGAACACCGUGCUGAAAUUUGCUUCUAUCGGAAGGAUGGCUCAGCCUUUUGGUGUCUCCUGGACAUGAUGCCCAUCAAGAAUGAGAUGGGAGAGGUUGUGCUGUUCCUCUUUUCCUUCAAGGACAUCACUCAGAGUGGAGGCCCAGGACUUGGCUCAGGAGUCCGUGGGGACAGUAAUCAUGAAAACUCCCUUGGGAGGAGGGGAACUAGCUCAAAACUUCGGUCCACCCGGAGGCAGAGCCGGACUGUCCUACACCGAUUGACUGGCCACUUUGGUCGCCGGGGCCAAGGAAGCAUGAAGACCAAUAAUAACGUGUUUGAGCCAAAGCCAUCAGUGCCUGAGUACAAGGUGGCCUCCGUGGGGGGGUCCCGCUGCCUCCUCCUCCACUACAGCGUCCCCAAGGCUGUCUGGGAUGGCCUCAUCCUCCUCGCCACGUUCUACGUUGCAGUCACCGUCCCCUACAACGUCUGCUUCUCGGGUGAUGAUGAUACCCCCAUCAGUUCCCGACACACCCUUGUCAGCGACAUCGCUGUGGAAAUGCUCUUCAUUUUGGAUAUCAUCCUGAACUUCCGCACAACCUAUGUGUCCCAGUCGGGCCAGGUAAUCUCUGCUCCUCGUUCCAUUGGCCUCCACUAUCUGGCCACCUGGUUCUUCGUGGAUCUUAUUGCUGCUUUGCCCUUUGACCUGCUGUAUGUAUUCAACAUCACUGUGACCUCUCUGGUGCACCUGCUGAAGACAGUGCGGCUGCUGCGCUUGCUGCGGCUGCUGCAGAAGCUAGAGCGGUACUCGCAGUGCAGCGCAGUGGUGCUCACACUGCUCAUGUCCAUCUUUGCGCUUCUUGCCCACUGGAUGGCCUGCAUCUGGUAUGUCAUCGGGCGCCGGGAGAUGGAGGCCAAUGACCCGCUGCUCUGGGACAUUGGUUGGUUGCACGAACUGGGCAAGAGACUGGAGGUACCCUAUGUUAAUGGCUCCGCUGGCGGCCCAUCUCGUCGCAGCGCCUACAUCGCUGCGCUCUACUUCACACUAAGCAGCCUCACCAGUGUGGGCUUUGGCAACGUGUGUGCCAACACUGAUGCUGAGAAGAUCUUCUCCAUCUGCACGAUGCUCAUCGGUGCGCUGAUGCACGCUGUGGUAUUCGGGAAUGUGACUGCCAUCAUCCAGCGCAUGUACUCCCGCCGCUCACUCUACCACAGCCGCAUGAAGGACCUCAAGGACUUCAUCCGAGUUCAUCGCCUGCCCCGCCCACUCAAGCAGCGCAUGCUCGAGUACUUCCAGACCACAUGGGCAGUCAACAGUGGCAUAGAUGCUAACGAGUUACUGCGUGACUUCCCAGACGAACUGAGAGCUGACAUUGCUAUGCACCUGAAUCGGGAGAUCCUGCAGCUGCCGUUGUUUGGAGUGGCAAGCAGGGGCUGUCUUCGGGCUCUCUCUCUACACAUCAAGACCUCAUUUUGUGCUCCAGGGGAGUACCUGUUGCGCCGUGGGGAUGCCCUGCAGGCACACUACUAUGUGUGCUCUGGCUCGCUUGAAGUGCUUCGAGACAACAUGGUGCUGGCUAUCCUGGGGAAGGGGGACUUGAUUGGGGCAGACAUCCCUGAAGUGGGGCAGGAGCCUAGGUCAGGGGCAGGCCCCAGCUGCGUGCUGAAGACCAGCGCUGAUGUGAAAGCCCUGACAUACUGUGGCCUGCAGCAGCUGAGCAGCCAAGGGCUGGCUGAGGUUCUGCGGCUCUAUCCGGAGUAUGGGGCUGCCUUCCAGGCUGGCCUGCCCCGGGACCUCACCUUCAACCUGCGCCAGGGCUCUGAAAACAAUGGCUUCAGCCGUUUUUCCCGCUCUCCACACCUCUCCCAGCCACGCUCUGACAGUCUUGGCUCCUCCUCAGACAAGACUCUGCCAUCCAUCACAGAGGUCGAGGGUGGCACAGAGCCUGGGGCUGGUCCCAGGCCCCGCCGGCCCCUCCUGCUGCCUAACCUCAGUCCAGCAAGGCCUCGGGGCUCCCUGGUCAGCCUUUUGGGCGAGGAGCUGCCCCCAUUCUCAGCCCUUGUCUCCUCUCCUUCCCUGUCUCCAUCUCCUUCCCCUGCCCUGGCUGGCAGGGGCCUGAGUCCCUCCCCGCACGCCCCCCCCAGGUGCUCUGCUGCCUGGAAGCCCCCCCAGCUCCUCAUUCCCCCACUGGGAACCUUUGGACCUCCGGACCUCAGUCCCCGGAUUGUAGAUGGUAUUGAAGACUCCAGCAGCACAGCUGAGGCCCCUACAUUCAGAUUUAGCAGGAGGCCAGAGCCCCCCAGACCUCGCUCACAGGCUCCCCCUGCAGGCCCUAGGCCCAGUCAGGAACUGGCCACAGAGGCAGCAGAGGAGGUAAAGGAAAAAGUCUGCAAGCUGAACCAGGAGAUAUCCCAUCUUAACCAGGAAGUGUCUCAGCUGAGCCGGGAACUGCGGCAAGUGAUGAGCCUCCUACAGGCCAGGCUGGGUUUCCCAGGCCACUCAUCAGACUCAACUUGGCCCUCAGACCCUCCUUGUUCCCAGCAGAAGCCACCAUGCAGCUCUUCUCCUGUGUCUGGACCACCACCUGGUCUUCAGGAUACCACAUUUGCUGUGGUUCACUGUCCAGCCAGUGUGGGGACAGUGGAGUUAGGGGCCACCCCCUUGGACCUGAGGCCUUCCAUGCUGGCACACUAUCCCUCAGAGCCUGACCCUCUGGGACCCUCCCCAGUGUCUGGGGCUUCUCCUGCAACCCCAAGCCUCAUAAGGCACAGCUUCCAGUCUGGGUCAGACACAUUCCACUGACCCCGGCCCUGGGGCCCAGGCCUGUCUGGAGUGGGCAUGUCUGCCUGCCAUCCAGGGAGGAACUGGGCCCCUUGGCCUCUUGCCUUGGGGUCAGCAGCCACCAGCUGGUCUGGUUGACUCUGGAUUCUCUGGACUUUUUAACAAAGAGUGGCCACCUCUAAACCUGUUCCAUUUUCCAAACCAUCCCCUAUGCCCCUCCUCAGUGAGGGGAGCCACCUGAGGCCCUGGAAUCCAGCAGGCAUGAAAUGGACCGUGUGCAGAAGAAAGGUCCGACUUUCCCAUCAGGACUUGAAAGCAGGAUGUCACUCAAGGUGGUCUUUUCUGCUGCCAGCAGCUCAACACAUUCCCAACAUCAUCCCUAUACUGCUCCCACCUGCAGACCUCAGCCAACUCUGUUCUUACGUCCAACAUGGUCUCAACUCAGGGCCUGGACAUCUCAAAAAUCCGCCCAGGUUUCCCACCCAACAUCCU